ACUGGACCCAAUUUCAAGCUUGGGAGGUAUCACCCUGUAAAGACAUAUCAUAUGGUAUGGCGAGGUCUAGGUUUAGAGCGCGAGACGUUGCGACUUGGGACAGCGGCAAUUCCAGACGGCGACAAAGGCAGCACCGGUGGAACAGGGAGUUUGGGAGUUCGAGACAGGGACAGUCGUUCUUCUUUUAUAAUUUCCCGGAUAAUUGGGACGCAAAGGCUUUAUGGAAUCGGUUUCAAGAGUGCGGAAGGGUCGAAGAUGUGUUUGUGCCAGCAAAGAGGGACAAAUGGGGAAAAAGGUUUGGGUUCAUCAGAAUGAUUGGGAUGCAGGACGUUCAACAAUUGGAAGAGAGAAUGAAUCAGAUCUGGAUUGGGUCUUAUAAGCUUCGGGUAAAGGUAGCCAUUGCCAAGGGGCAAAAUGGUAGAGGAUACCAAAAGACAGUCGAGUGGACGGGUAGGAUCAGGGAGCAGAGCUUCGUUAAACCAGGGAGGACUUAUGUGCAGGCAGUUAAGGAAUCCUCUGCGAAAUCAGUGGGAGCCCAGGUUUGGAGGAAAACAGUAGGGGUGCAGGAGAGAGAGGAUCCCAUGGAUAGGGCGUCCAUUGCUCUUGGGAAGCCUUUGGAACUCCAGGAUGUUAGAUCCGGGGAAAAGGUAGGUGGAGCUAUGGUUGGAGAAUCGACGGAGAGGAUCAUAGAUUUUUCGCCAUCCAAAGAGGAGAAUAAGUGGUUGGGAGGGAGUGUUGUAGCAGUAGUGAGAUCAAUGUCAAUGAUUUCCAUAAUUCAAGAGAGAGUAGACAUCGAUGGAGGUUUGAUUAAUUUAUCUCCAUUAGGAGGGCGGAAUGUUUUGUUGACUGAACGUGUGGAAGGAUACUUGAGUGAGUAUAUUCAGCAUAACUCGGAAUCAUUUGCAGUUUGGUGUGAGGUUAUCUAUCCCUGGGAUUUGGCUCCUCUGAAUAAUUGUAGAAUGGUCUGGUUGAGAAUCUCUAGAGUUCCUCUGAAAGCAUGGUCGGACAGAUGCUUUGAAUGGAUAACGGGCACUGUGGGGGAAGUGGUAAUGCUUCAUGCAGAUACCAAAUCUAAAGCCAUAUUGUGUGAUGGCAGAGUGUUAGUCUUGUGUGCUGAAAAACACAAAGUGUCAAAGACCAUAAAGCUGAAGGUGGCGGAGAAGAUGUAUGAAAUCAUGGUAAUGGAAGAGGAGUGGCGGGCUGACCCGGAUUGGUGGUUGGCGGAUGAGGAUCGAAACGGUGAGGCUUCAUCGGGAUCGGAAUAUUCCUCGUCGGAUGAUGGAGAGGAGGAUUCGGAAGUGAUGGCCUCCGUGAUCCGUGGCGAUGAUGAAGCUGAUAUUGAAGAUGAGUUAAUGCAGGAGAAGGGAAUUUUGAAUUUAAAUGUUGAAGGAGUAACGGCAGACAAGAAAUGGGACAGGGAGGGGGAAACUGGGCCUCUUUCAGAAUCAGGCUUGAGGCUGGAAUCUAUGUGUGGGCCGAAAGAAGGGGCUGGGCUAGUUGUGCGUGAGUCCAAAAGGCAGGCACUAGGUGGAUUGGGGGCCACUAUAGAGGCGGGUAAGACUGGAGAUCAGAAUGGUGCAUCGGAUGGGGAAUUAGAUAAGAUUGGGAAUUUGGGUAUUAGGGAUUCAAGAGAGAAAAAGAGGAGAAAUGUCAAGGAUUGUUAUCCACAAGUGCAGGCUUCCAAUUUUGUAGCAGGAUCCCUAGGGAUUAAAGGAAGAGGUUCGCUGAGACCUCACAGAGUGCAGCAGCAGCUGGUGAUCAAAAGAGAGCUGAAUCUACAAGAGGUAAGGAGGAUUUUGGGUGUUGGGAAAAGAUUGGGUAUUCAGUGGCAGGAUAAUGAAGAGGAGGUUCAGUCGAGGUUACUAGAUCUGGAGAUCCGGGAUUGUGAGCAGGGGAAGGGGGUAAUCUCGGGUGAUGGGUUUGUGAGGAUUAAAGGAGAAUGGGGUCCAAAGAAGUUGAAGUUCAAUUUUGUGAAUGUAUAUGCUUCCAAUGACAAGCAGAAGAAAAUGAGUAUGUGGAAUGAACUUCGGCAAAUGAUAAUGGAAGAGGAUGGGAGAUGGAUGAUUGCAGGGGAUUUUAAUGCAGUUAGGAGUUCCAAUGAGCGGAAGGGUAGGAUAGGGGAGACUCAGGAUAUGAGGGAGUUUGAUGAUUUUGUUGUGUCAUCUGGGAUGGUAGAUCUGCAAUUGGCAAAUAGACGGUUUAUAUGGUAUCGACCAGAUGGGUCUUCUAUGAGUCGUUUGGAUAGAGUCCUACUGUCGGGCGAGAUGUACAGUUCGGGAAAGGGAUGGGUGCAACUUGGACUGAAGAGGACUGUGUCUGAUCAUUGUCCUAUUAUGGUCAAGACAACAAUAGCUGAUUGGGGACCAAAACCGUUCCGUGUUUUGGAUGCUUGGCAACGGCACCCACAAUUCAAAAAGGCGAUUGAAGAUAAAUGGAAGGAGCUUGAUGAGGAAGGAUAUGCGAGAUUUAGAUUACAGUUUCAACAUGUGGUCGAGAGGGUAGAACAGAUUGAUUUGAAGAAUGAAGUGGUGGAUUUGGCAGAGGAGGAGGUGGAUAUAAGAAAGGAAGGUUUCCAGCAGCUAUGGGAUAUUUUGUGGAAAAGGGAGGCGAUUUGGAAGCAAAAAUCUAGAAGUGAUUGGGUCAAAUUGGGGGAUCAGAACACGAGAUUUUUUCACAAAAUUGCAAAUGGGAGGAAGGCGCAAAACGGUAUCUCGGGAUUAUGGUCUAACGGACAGUGGGUAGAGGACCCGGAGAUGGUGAAGGCCGAGAUGGUGAAGUACUUCCACAAGAUGUUUCAAGAAGAAGGUUGGAUCCGUCCCAAACCUUCAAAUCUGGUUUUUCGGAGAAUCUCUGAAGAUCAGAAGGAGUGGCUUGAAAGGCCUUUCACGGCGGAGGAGAUUGAAGAAGGCUUGAAGAGUUGUGAAGGAAGUAAAGCUCCGGGACCGGAUGGGUAUAACUUUAAUCUCAUUAAGUUCAUCUGGAGUAGUGUACGAGAAGACUUUAUUGCUUUUUUUCGGGAUUUCCAUCACAACAGCAGGUUAGUGAGGGGUUUGAAUUCUUCCUUCUUUACAUUAAUUCCGAAGAAACUGAGCCCUAGGGAACUAAAAGACUUUAGGCCUAUUAGUUUGCUUGGAUGUAUGUAUAAGUUGCUAGCGAAGGUGUUAGCUAAUAGGCUUAAGGAGGUGAUGCCGGGGAUUAUUAGCGAAACGCAAUCGGCUUUUGUAGGAGGAAGACAAUUGGUUGAUAGUGUUUUGGUGUUAAAUGAAGUUGUGGACGAGGUUCGCAAGAGGAAGCAAUCAGCUUUUGUUUUUAAGGCUGAUUUUCAAAAAGCUUAUGAUUGUGUUAAUUGGGCGUUUUUGGACUGGAUGUUGGGAGCGUUUGGUUUUGGUGAUAAAUGGAGGGGGUGGAUUAUGGAGUGUUUAUCUACGGCUAGGGUAUCGAUAUUGGUAAAUGGUAGUCCGACCAAGGAGUUUGAAAUGGGGAAAGGGCUCAGGCAAAGAGACCCUUUGUCUCCUUUUUUAUUUCUGAUGGUUGGAGAGGCAUUGCAUGGAUUGGUUAAAAAAGCAGAAAACGAAGGCAUGUUCCAAGGGAUAAAGGUGGGUAGGAGGGGGUUGGCGGUCUCUUUGUUACAAUUUGCAGAUGACACAGUUAUCUUGGGUGAGGCAAGCAAAGAAAAUAUUCUUACGGUGAAAGCUAUACUGAGGUGGUUUGAGUUGAUGUCGGGGCUGAGGAUUAAUUUCAGCAAGAGCUGUGUGUAUGGUUUUAACAUGUCGGACAGUUGGGUGAGAGGGGUAGCAGGGGUUUUGCAUUGUGGUGUAAGGAAGACACCUUUUAUGUACUUGGGAAUGCCUGUCGGAGGUAAUCCGAGGUGUAAGAAGUUUUGGGCUCCGGUUGUUAGUAAAUUUCGCCAAAAGCUUGCCGUCUGGAAGUCUGCCGUGUUGUCCUACGGAGGGCGUCUUACGUUGCUAAACUCGGUACUUUCUGCUCUUCCUACUUUUUUUAUGUCCUUAUUUUAUAUGCCUAAUUCUGUGUUGGCUCAAUUAGUCGCUAUUCAAAGGGAGUUUUUGUGGGGGGGCUCAGGGGAGAAAAGAAAGAUCUCGUGGGUAAAAUGGGAGGCGAUUUGCUGGAGUAAGGAGAAAGGAGGAUUAGGUGUUCCGGAUUUGCGUAGGAGGAAUUGGGCGCUUUUAGGGAAAUGGUGGUAUAGGUUAGGGGAUGGAAAGGAGGGGUUGUGGAAAAGGGUAGUGAAAGAGAAAUUUUACGAGGGUAAGAUAGAGGUGGGUAUGAUUGAUGUGGUGAGUUUGAGGGUAUCGCAGAUUUGGAGAGAUAUUAUUAGAAUAGGGGGAAAAUCAGAGAAGCUCAAAAAUAUGUUAAGGCAUGGGUUCCGGUGGGAGGUGGGGGAGGGUUGUCGGGUGUGCUUUUGGAGAGAUAUUUGGGUGGGGAAUAAAUCACUAAGAGAUUUAUUUCCAAGGCUGUUUCAAUUAGCUAUUAAAAAGGAAGGUUCGGUCAAGGAGAAUGGUUUAUGGGAAGGAGAAAAGUGGAAAUGGGGUAUAGAGUGGAGGAGAGAGAGGAUGGGACGUGAGAAAGAUGAGGAGCAAGGGUUGGGGGUGGUGUUGGCGAGUAUAAAGUUAAGGAAAGGAAUGGCAGAUUUUUGGAGAUGGAGGCAUGAUGUAGAAGGGAGGUAUGUGGUCAAGAUAGCCUAUGAAUCCUUAGCUCCUGAGGAACGUUUGCUUGAGGGUCAAUUAUGCAAUUUAAUAUGGUGUAAGUUGGUGCCUUCGAAAGUGGGGUUUUUUGGGUGGAGGUUGUGUUUAGACAGGCUUCCGACAACAUGGAAUUUGUGGAAGAGAGGGGUGAUGUUACAAGGGGAUGGUAUGGGGUGUGGGCUUUGCAAAGAGGGAGUGGAGGAUGCUAAUCAUUUGUUCUGCACAUGUAAAGUAGCUUGGUUAGUAUGGGUGAAGGUGUUUAAAUGGUGGGGCGUGGAGGUAGUAAUGCCGGGUACAGUGAGGGGUGUGGUGGAUUUCUUUUUGUGGUGUUGGGGGGGUGUGGGGGGAAAGGAGUUGGGAGCAUGCAUGUUUUUGGUCACAUCUUGGUAUUUAUGGUUCUGGCGGAAUAGCUUGGUAUUUAGGAAUAAUGGGGAGCUGAAUGAGCAAUUGCUGGAGUUAAUUCAAGUGAAGUCUUAUUUAUGGAUUAGAAAUAAGGUGAAUGGGUGUGUUUUUUCAUUAGCUCAGUGGCAAAGUAAUCCUAAGGAAUGUGCCAAGGAGUUAAAGAGUUUCAAGAGAUCUCUUAAAUUGUUCUCGAAGCAACAGCAAAGUCAUUGUCCCAUUUAGAGGGCAUGGGCUGUAUGGUUUUUUACACGGAAGGCUGUAUGCGGCAGUGGUGAGCUGGUCUUUAGUUUGAUUGCUUGGGUUGUCUUUAUGGAUCUGUAAGGGAGUUUCCUUUUUGUUUUUAUUGGGUGAUUAAGCGUUUCUUCUUUUUGUAGAAGGGCAGGAGUACCCCUUGUGCUCCAUUAAAUAAAUAAAUAACUUUUGU